UGGUGUGUCGAGUGGUUCCCAUCAUCUGCAGCCUGGCUGGAAGGGAACCACGCGGUGCUUUGUUGGGUUUGGGCUUUGUUCGCUUCGGUUGAGCAGAAAAACCAGUGCCAAGGAAAUGAGUAUUUUUGUUGUGAAGAUGUGUUCGAGGCCCUGCGUUUAUUUAUUUCCUAAAGAGGAUGCUGGAAGCCAAGCUGGCAGUUUAAUGGUGCGUGAUGCGCUAAUAAAAACGUCUGUGCUUGUGUUUAAGCCUCCAAAGGGGAGCGAAGGAGCGCGGUGGUUAUCAGCAUUCAAACGGCAAGACGCAGGCUUAAACGUAUGCAAAGCCUUGGGAAGGGGCUGAAGAAAUGCCCUGAGUCUCUUGCAGAGAGCUUCUGACAGGCACAUCGCAUCUCUGAAAGUACGGGUUGAAUUAUUGGAGCUGCCUUUGUUUAUUAAAUGGAGCCUCCAGCAAGAGGAUUAGAGGAAGGAAUUGCUGCAGGCUCAGCGUUGCGUUGGCACGCAGCUGAACGGGGGAUAACAUUUACUUUAUGGAGCGAACUCCGAUAGAUCUGUAAAAGAUCCAGGUGUGUGGUAGAUACCUAAAGAAGCAGCCUCCAAGUGCAUGACUAAGCCUCCUGUGACGGGUCCGGUUUGCUUUUAGCAGCGCGUAAUCCGUUUAAAACAAGGCUUCUUCCAGGCAAACUCCAACAGAAGAGGGUUUGUUUCGUUUUCAGUCGGGAAUGCCAGGGAAGGAUGCAGAGAGCUAAUAAGAGAGUAAUUAUACAUGCUAUUGCUGGCUGGAGCAAGGGCAGAGACCAUUAAAAUGCCAUUUUAGGAGUUAAUUAUAUGGUGUUUCCAGUCGAUGCUGGUGUCCUGGUUUCUGCUUAAUCGACGUGUGGCGUGUAUUUAGGAUGUUGUGGUCGUGACAUCUAAUUUCUAUUUUAAGCAACUUUAGGCCACUGUUAUGCAAUAGUGUCCCAACCCCGUUAAUACACGGAUUCCAGCCUCCACAGGGCUUGUGCCUGUUGGAUUUGUUCAGGAAAUACGCAAAAGCAAUAAAAGAGAUGGGAAAAACCUUCAGGAAGUAUUCUGGGACAGGCACACAUGCCAUAAGUAAAGCAUUGCAGUGGAAUCCAGUUAGUUAAAUCUCUCCUGAAGCUCAUUUAAUAAUAGCAGAGCCUCUGCUACCGCUCAGAUGGAGGCAGCUGUGAUUUGUUUCAAGGUUAGGCUUUGACUUCUGUUUUAUUAGCUUUUCAGUUCGUGCCCCUCCACUUGUGCAGUGUCUCGAGUCGGGCUACACCAUGGUGUAGCUGAAACAGGGAUCCUUUAGAUCGGGGCUUUACACUUGGGAUCCUUCGGCAGGGUGUGAUGAAAGCCCCCCCCAAGGCAGAUGUCAGGAUUUGCUCUUCAGCCGGGCAGGAUUGUGCUGGCGAGAGCAGAUGAGGCUCCUUUGCAGCUGAUGUGAUGCCUGGAGGAAGUGACAUUUAUGUUCUUGAUCCUUCAGUGCUUCUGCAUGUCAAGAGCUGAGCCUUGAAAUCCGGCUGCAGUGCUGUCUUCAGAGCCAGCAGGGCUGAAGGAGAGGAUUCGUACAGGGAGAGGGGGAAACAUCCAACUCCGAUGGCCGUUGCAGACCCUUGAGUACUUCAGUUCUCCCUUCUUUUCUCCACAUCUUCCCUGUAGGAGAUCGGAGAGGGAAAUCACUUUAACUCGCCAACAGAUGCGGUUUUGAAGUUGAAAAUUCGGAGAUGCAUUAGGAUUCAGAGACCUCCCUUUGCUUAAGGUAUGGUGUGAAUAUGCGUUGCUUGGCAGCUCGGGUCAACUACAAGACUCUGAUCAUCAUCUGCGCGCUCUUCACCCUGGUGAUGGUGCUGCUCUGGAACCGAUGCUCCUCGGACAGAGCCGGCCCGUUCCCCCGCAGCCUGCCCGGCCCCGAGCGCCGAGCUGCCGCCUCCGAGAGCGACCUGGCCCGGCAGCAGAGCGAGGAGGCAUCCCCCCAGGAGCAGCAGAAGGCUCCCCCCAUCGCAGGGGGCUUCAACAAAGGCCCGGGGCUGAAGUACGAGGAGAUAGACUGUCUGAUCAAUGACGAGCACACCGUUAAAGGAAGGAGGGAAGGCAACGAGGUCUUCCUGCCGUUCAGCUGGGUAGAGAAAUACUUUGAGGUUUAUGGGAAAAUUGCUCAGUACGAUGGUUAUGACAGGUUUGAAUUCUCUCAUAGCUACUCCAAAGUAUACACACAGCGAGCACCUUACCACCCCGAUGGGGUCUUCAUGUCCUUCGAGGGCUACAACGUGGAGGUUCGGGACAGAGUGAAGUGCAUAAGUGGUGUUGAAGGUGUGCCAUUAUCCACGCAGUGGGGCCCUCAAGGCUAUUUCUACCCCAUCCAGAUUGCACAGUACGGGUUGAGUCACUACAGUAAGAACCUGACCGAGAAACCCCCUCACGUGGAGGUGUAUGAAACAGCCGAAGAGAAGGACAGAGCCAGCAGGUCUGCGGAGUGGACGGUGCCCAAAGGCUGCUCCCUGUCCACAGUGUCUGACAGAGCCAAGUUCACCAGUGUCAAGCAGUUCAUCGCUCCAGACAGUACCGAGGGGAUAUCUCUGCAGCUUGGGAACACCCGAGAUUUUAUCAUUUCCUUUGAUCUCAAAUUCAUCACAAACGGGAGCGUUUCCGUGGUUCUCGAGACAACGGAGAAGAACCAGCUCUUCACCGUGCACUACGUCUCCAACAACCAGCUCAUCGCCUUUAAGGACCGAGACAUCUACUACGGCAUCGGCCCCAGGACUAGCUGGAGCACCCUCACCAGAGACCUGGUGACCGACCUGCGCAAAGGCGUCGGGCUCUCCAACACAAAAGCUGUGAAGCAGACCAAAAUCAUGCCCAAGAGAGUGGUGAGGCUGGUGGCAAAGGGGAGAGGCUUCCUCGACAACGUCACCAUCUCGGCCACUGCUCACAUGGCGGCUUUCUUCGCUGCCAGCAACUGGCUGGUGAGGAACCAGGACGAGAGGGGUGGCUGGCCCAUCAUGGUGACGAGGAAGCUGGGGGAAGGCUUUAAGUCCUUGGAGCCGGGCUGGUACUCGGCCAUGGCACAAGGCCAGGCCAUCUCGACGCUGGUGCGGGCGUACCUGCUGACGAAGGACCACGCGUUCCUCAGCUCGGCUCUGCGCGCCACGGCGCCGUACAAGCUGCCGUCGGAGCAGCGCGGCGUCAAGGCUGUCUUCAUGAACAGGCACGACUGGUACGAGGAGUACCCGACCUCCCCCAGCUCCUUCGUCCUCAAUGGCUUCAUGUACUCCUUAAUCGGCCUCUAUGACUUGAAAGAAACGGCUGGGGAGAAGCUGGGGAAGGAGGCGCGGGUCCUCUACGAGCGGGGCAUGGAGUCCCUCAAGGCCAUGCUUCCCCUCUACGACACCGGGUCAGGGACCAUCUACGACCUCCGGCACUUCAUGCUCGGCACCGCUCCCAACCUGGCCCGCUGGGACUAUCACACCACCCACAUCAACCAGCUCCAGCUCCUCAGCACCAUUGACGAGUCGCCCAUCUUCAAGGAGUUCGUCAAGCGGUGGAAGAGCUACCUGCGAGGCGGGCGGGCGAAGCACAACUAGAGCUCACAACCAAACCCCUGGGUCCUGCUGCCUCCCGGAGCUGCAGUGUCCGAGGUGGCAUCCUGAUUGUUUUUUUUAUGGACCGUUUCAAAGAAGUGAUCCUUAAAACUGAUCUCGGGAAAUCAUUGCAUUCCAGUGUGAAAACGUUUGGGUCGGAUGGAUUCGGAAGCUUCAGCCUGUCCUUAGCGUUCCACAGCGAAACCAUCUGCGCGAAGCAAAGCCCUUGGGUGUUCCUGAGUUUGGGGGUGGGUUUUGGUUGGGGUUUUCUUUUCCUUUUACUAGGAAGACAUUUGCAGAAGCCAUACAGGUCUCUGAAGUCCAGCACUUGCCUGAAGCGUUAGUCCAUGGCCUCCUAAAAUGGGGUUAUCUGUGUCUACGGUGGAGCAGGGCAUGUGACGUAACGCCGUCGAUGUGUAUUAACUUACAGCCUGGGUGGUGGUCAGUGUAUCUUUUUAAAGGUGUUUUUUUAAUGCAGGUCCUAUUCUUGGGGUGAAAAUACCCAUUAUUGUGGUCUUCCCCCCAGCGUGGAGGUCCUGACGCUGGAUGGUUUCUACACAGACGUGGGGACAGCAGCCACUCAAGCCGCGUGCCAGGCUUCGGAGUCCCGUCACCCAAGCACAACCCGGUGGGACGCCACAAAGCCUGCGACCACGCCACCCCCUGUUGUAAAGCCCAACUCACCAUCACCCAUCGGGUUUGCUGGUGUCACCUCCUCCUGGGCACCUGGGAUCUCUCAUCCUGGUGCCCCGUGGUUUGUGCUGUGGGUUUUAAUUACGCCUGAGAGGCUCCUCUGAGCUUUGGCAACUUCAUUCUUCGGGAGACCCGAGUCGCUGGGUGUGAUGUGGAGCUCCCUGAGGAGCGUGCAGGAAGCUCGGUUGGAAUGAAUGAAGGGUUUCCGAGGGUGGUUUUCGUUUUUAACCUGCUUGAGGUUCAAAAUCAAGCAUUUUAAGAAGGAAAAUCACCCCAAGAGGGCUUUCCAGCUCCACUUGUGCUUUAAUACCAAGUUUCACCUCUGCGUACUGUCUUACUCAUGGUGUGAGGGGCCGCUGCAUCUCCAGCGGUGGCUUCGGGGUGGGCUUUGUCUUUGUGGCUCUGCCAGGCGAGCAAGGGGACCCGUGCAAUAACCCGAUACACGCAUCCAAACCCAAAUGCUUCCACCAUCCCGUGGCAAUGCAGAAGAAACCAGGAGCUUGCUUUCUCCUGGUUGCCAGCCCUUGACGCCCACCGUUCCUCUGCCUUCUCGGCGGGCAGUGUCCUGGCCGAUCCUGUUACAUGUUGUACAUGUAGGUGGGGGUUAAGCUGAAGACGUUCACGCUGAGGAUGAAGCUCAUUCGCAUCCCCGGAAGGCUGGGCACAAGGACGAUGGGCGUCGUGAUUCCUUUUUCCUUGUUUUCUGAUGCUGUCUCUGUUUCUCGCAGACGCAAGCGUUUCGUUACUUGAUCUUUGCAAAUGCAUGCUGUGAUCGUGUCAGUUCAUUGCAGGAGUGGCUCUCACAGGAGAAGUUUCAAUACCAAAGGUAGCAGAGGUGAAUUUGUUACGUCCAUGUGAACACACACGCGCACACGAACCCCAGGACGUGCUUCCUUGACAAACACAAGCAUCUUUCUGCCGCACGUUUCCUCCUUCUUUUGCCCAGUUUGGCUUUGGAGGAUCUAGAGAGGCUCUUUGGGUACUGCUCAAGAGAUGGUUUUGGUGCCUUAUGGAGGCCAGCACUUCCUCGUUCUGUUGUUUCAAUGAAUGCCAGUUGGAGAAUGGCAGUGUUGCUCUCUUACGGUGCGGGUCAGCCCGGACCCUGUUGGAUGGGUGAGCUCAGAAGCGUGGGUUGGCCGGGCCAACACCAUCGUGUUCUCAAACCACCUUAUCCUUAACAGCUCCAUUGCGUUGUUGUCGGCCUUAGCACUCGGGUAACUCAAAGCAACCGCCACCAGAGGUUGCAGCACCCAAGAGAGGUAGCGUGGGGUUUCUGCUGUUACUGCUUUUAGUUCAGUUGUGCGGUGGAAGAGGAUUCUUGGACAUUGGUGCCCAUAAUUUCAUCAAAUUCACUUAAUUUGGGUUUUUUUUUCUCUGUUUUCAGGCUCAAACUGACAAAGCCCUUGGGGAUUAAGCCCUGUUUAGUCUUUCCCUGGGGUUUACUGUACAUAGACUUCAUUGGAAGCAUGGGUACGUGCAACCCAGUGACACACAAGCACAAGUGUACAAGUGUGACAGUGCUCUUUCCCUCAUUGUGCAAGACAUUCACUGAAAGCUGCUAUUUUCAUUCACCUUGUAAUUGUCCCUUAGGUUUUUUUCUACGUUUCCUUUUUUACAUGUGGGGUAUCCACCAUGUGUUAAAUAUGCAAUAAAUUGUUUACAGGAUGCUCUUGUGAAGGGUAGUCCUUUGUAAAGCUGUACAGACUUUGCAGUUUAAGCACAAUGUGCACACGUUAGUUUUAUAUACAGCCAGACAUGACUUUUUGCAGCGGGAAAGGUUCUACUAUGUUUCUAUACAAAGUAAAUGGCUCAACGUUUGUUUGUGCUUCAUGUAAAGCUGCUUUAUAAGACUGUAAAAUAAACUUUUCUAUCUUAAGACGGA